AAAAAAAGAAAAAGAAAAAAUCAUGAUUCUUUUUCACAAACCUUUGUUGUUGUAAAUAUCAAACUGCAGAAAAUUGAACUAGUAAUUAAUGCAAAAACAAAAGAAACUGAUCCUCAUUUCUCUUUUUUCAGUUUUAUUUUCUGCAUGCACCACUUUUAAAAACUUAAACGGUAUAAGAAAGUGCUUUUGUGUCUUUCUUCAUCAACAUUAAUGGCUUCCAUUACCCAAGUCCUUUCUCAGCUUCUCCUACCCAUUUCCUUGUUUCUUCUUCUUCAUCUUCCCUAUCGAUGCAUUGCCCUGAAACCGCUCGAGGCCUGCAAGUUCAAUGCAAUAUACCAACUUGGUGAUUCUUUAUCAGACACUGGCAAUCUGAUUAUUGAAAACCCAGCUUUUCCUUCCUCUAAGCUUCCUUAUGGAGAAACUUUCUUCAAGAAACCUACCGGGCGGUGCUCAGAUGGGUUGUUGAUCAUAGAUUACUUCGCACUGGCAGCUGGAAUUCCUUUACUUGAUCCAUACCUGAAUAAAGGUGCAUUGUUCGGUAAAGGUCGAGGAGUGAAUUUUGCAGUGGCUGGUUCUACUGCUUUGCCUGUUAAUGUUCUUGCACAAAUGAACAUAUCUUCCCCAUUUACCAACAUCUCUCUCAACUUACAGCUGGAUUGGAUGGAUACCCAUUUCGAGUCAAUCUGUCUUAAUGCUAAGGACUGUGAAAACAAGCUUAAGAGUUCUCUAUUUAUUGUCGGAGAGAUUGGAGGAAACGAUUACGACUUUGGUCUUUUCCUAGGCAAAAAGACCAUUAAGGAGGCCAUGAACAUGGUUCCCCAAGUAGUUCAAGCCAUAAAAGAUGCUGUCCAAAAAAUCCUUGCCUAUGGAGCUCCGAGAGUGAUUGUCCCAGGAAAUUUCCCAAAUGGGUGUCUACCAUAUUACCUUACAGCUUUCCAAACCAAUGAUUCUUCUGCCUAUAAUGAAUAUCACUGUCUAAAGGGAUUCAAUGAAUUGUCAAUUUAUCACAACGACCAUCUUCAAAAAGCCAUUGAAGAGUUGAAGGAGGAGCACCCAAAUGCUACCAUCUUAUAUGGAGAUUACUACAGUGCAUUCCUGUGGGUACUCCACCAUGCUUCCAACUUGGGUUUUGAUACUUCUUCUCUGCAAAAAUCUUGUUGUGGAAUUGGAGGUGACUAUAACUUCAGUUCAGCAAAAAUAUGUGGAGCUAGUGGAGUGCCAGUUUGUUCUAACCCUGACCAACACAUUAGCUGGGAUGGAAUUCAUCUUACUCAAAAGACUCAUAACUACAUGUCAGCUUGGCUCAUAAGGAACCUCUUACCCCAGCUUGGUUGUGGUGUCUGAGUUUUGUGGUUUUAAGUAAAGCUGGUGGAAUGGGUGAUAACUGGAGGUUAACUUUGACUAGAAGCUAAUAAACACAUUUUUUAGCAAAUAGUAGCAAAAUAUGAUAAUCUUUCGAGGAGAACUGAGUUACCUUUUUGCUUGAAAUUUGACUCAAAACAAUUGCUAGACACGUUCACAUAUUUGAAACUGGUGGUGCAGUUCUUGUUACAAAGUCCAGUCUUAUUAUAUAAACCAAACUUGUUUCUUCUCACCCCGUUUCAAAAGCUUGGUCCUCCUUUAGUUCUGUAUAAUUUAUUUGU